AUGGCGAGAAAAAGAUUGAAGAAAAAUGCGAGAAAAUAUGAAACAAGGAAAAGAGUACAAAGCUUGUCAGUGGUGACUCCUUCACGUUGCAGAACUGGCGGAGCAGACGUCCCACACUAUAUAAUUUCGAAAUUACAACAAAAUAUGUGCUCAAUAACUGAAAAUGAAGAAGAUCCAAGUGCGCUUGUCGGUAUUAGCAGUGAGUCAGUUAUUUCUGCAGUGCCUUUUAUCGCCAGUCAAAGUUCCGACACAAGAAAAACUCAUAUUCGAUUUCGGCCAAUAAACGCAGUAACUGGACGAGGAUUCAAUUCUCACAGUGAUGUUUGGCAGCCGGCAAUAAUGGAUAUUGGAGUAGACGAAAGUCAAAUUUAUCCUCGUGGUUUGACAGGACUAACAAAUUUGGGCAACACUUGUUAUAUGAAUGCAGCCAUUCAGGCGCUCUCAAAUUGUCCUCCUUUUUCCGACUUCUUCCGUUCAGUUGAUUCCGUUGCUUCCUUUGCUUCAAAGAUAUUAGAUAAUAAUGGAGAACCACCCGUUUCACGUUCAUUUCGUUGUCUGUUGCGUUCACUUUGGUCUGAGGAACGAAGUCGAUGCAUUAAUCCACAACUUUUUCUUGCUCAAGUUCGCCACCAGUACCCACAGUUUCGUGGUCUGGCACAGCAGGAUGCUCAGGAAUUUAUCAGAUGCCUCCUAGAUGUUUUGCAUCGUGAAUUACGUCAACCUGUUUUUGCUUGGGAAUAUCGGAAUAUUACACAUACCUGUAAUACACAGACGGAAGAAGAAAGCAUCUCUGGUUUCAUACGAAGCAGAUAUGUUCCGUCACGUUCCAGUAGUAGCGCGUCCGAUGAUGAUGAACGCUAUGAAACUGCGGAUAGUGGCUGGAGCUCCGAUGGAGAAGUAGCCGCAGCUUCGAAAGCAAGUAAGCAUGCAGGACCUAUAAGCAGCGAUCGACGGACACAUAUUCCAGAUCAUUCCGUGAAUCAGCAAGAAUCAGAAGAAACGGAUCAGCGAAACAAGCAAUCUAGGUCUCCUAUUUAUUACCGAAGUUUGGUAACGGAGGUCUUUGAUGGGCGUUUAAGUAGUGUUGUGAAAUGUCUUACAUGUCAUCAUCUUUCAGAAACUUAUGAAACUUUCCAGGACUUAUCGUUGAGCAUUCCAACAAGAGAACAACUUGGUCACAUUGCAUCAUACUCAAUGAAUCUGAACAGUGAGAACAAGAAAAACAAUAAAGAGCAAGAAGAAGUUGAUAGCAGUGGAAACAGUUUUUGGCAGUGGCCAUCGUGGCUUGGAGGAAGCUUGUUUCGUUCAGUAUACCAUUAUCUGUUUGGGGAUUUAGUUUCUUUAAAUGAUGCGCUUGCGGCUUUCUUUUUGCCGGAUGAUCUUUGCGGAGAAAAUAUGUAUUCUUGCGAAAAAUGUGCCAAAUUGCGGAACGGUGUCAAAAUUUGCAAAAUCAUCGAUCCACCAGAGAUUUUGUGCAUACAUUUGAAAAGGUUUCGGCACGAACUAUCAUAUUCGGUCAAAAUACGGAAUAAGGUGACAUUUCCAGUACAUGAUCUGGAUUUAACACCAUUUAUCGCCAGUUUCGAAAAAAACAAGGAACCAGUGCUCUACGAUUUAGUUGCAUUCAUCACACAUUAUGGUGCAAAUGCGGAGAGUGGGCAUUAUGUUGCUUAUUGCAAGAACGAAAUGGAUGAUAAUUGGUACGAAUUUGAUGACACCAUGGUAACUCGGUUGGAAAUCGCUGAUAUCCUGAGUAAAGAAGCCUAUGUAUUAUUUUAUCAAAGGCAGUCAACGCAGAGUAUGGACGAUAUUAGGAUUCGUGUGAGACAGAUGCUUGAGGAGAACGAUAAAACAAAGGUCCCGUUGCAUCACUAUAUUUCUCGAGAAUGGUUGCAUCGUUUUUCAACGUUUUCACGUCCUGGGCCUAUAACAAAUUAUGAUUUCCUGUGUCAACACUCACAAAUCCUCCCACGUAGAGCAGCAUGUCUUACUGAUUUCUAUGCAACGAUCAGCAGUUCACUAUGGGAUUUUCUUUAUGAAAAAUUUGGUGGUGGACCUGCAAGUUCCGAGUUGCACUAUUGCUUAAUCUGCCAAAAUGAGUUUCAAAUAACGAAACAUAAACGUGAAAUUGAGCUUAAGGCAUUCUUAACAUUGGAAGGACAACUGGAACGAUUAAAAAAUGAUAUCCCAGUGCUCACUUAUGGUUAUUACAUGCCACCGAAUGUUAUCGCGAAAGCUUGGAUUGACAAAUGGAAGGCAUUUGUUGAAGGAAAUGAAUUUGAACCACCGGGAUCUAUUGACAACAACAUCGUACUGGUUUGUAGUAAUAAGUGUGACACAAAACCAUAUUUACGGGCUUCGCACUAUGUCCAGUUACCUCGUGAAGCUUGGUUAUUUUUCCAGUCAAUAUAUGGCGGUGGACCUGAAUUACUAUACAUUCCGAUGGACCACCCAUCUUCAGAAAGUCUGCAGGAAUUGGUUGCAAAAGCCAACGAAAAGAUUGUGGAGGCUUUGGAAAGCUUGAAAAGGAGAAAUGCAGCUGACAUAUCGUUUUCGUCAGGUUCAUGA